AUGGGCUUGACCGAUUCCAUAAUCCACUUCCUUUAUGGCCUUCCACCCCCGACCACUGGAAGACGCAAAGAUGAUAUGCAGGUGCUGGCAGUCGGGAUCUCAAGAAGUGGAACCGAUAGCCUCCGUGAAGCCCUACACAUGCUAGGCUUGAGCCAUACGCACCAUGGCUUUGAUACUAUUCUUCCCCCUUCGUCGUUGGAAGCGAUAUACAAGCUCCUUCAAAAGAAAUACACCACGGACUCGGAUGCCUCGGAAAAGCUGACAGCCGAAGACUUUGACACCGUCUUGCUGAACAGCGUCGGCGUCAGCGAUCUCUUUGCAGCAGAAUUCGCCCUCGAACUCAUCGAAGCCUACCCCAAUGCGAAAAUCAUACUGAACGUCCGCCGAGAUCUUGAUGCAUGGCAAACCAGCAUGCAAAAUACAAUGGGAUAUUUCGAUAGGAACCCCAUGGAUUGGGACUGGUGCAAAUCCUGGUUCAGUGCUGAGCUGUUUUGGAUUCGUCAGACCAUGUCGAGGACCAUGAUGCCCAGAUUCUUCCGGGAGAGCCUUGAAUCGAAUGGUAAGUGGGUUUACAAGCAGCAUGUUGCGAUGAUCCGGGGACUGGGUCUGCCAAAGGACCGACUUCUUGAAUGGUCUGUUGAAGAUGGCUGGGAGCCUUUGUGCAACUUCCUGGACAAGCCAGUUCCUGUGAUUGACUUUCCGAAUGGGAAUCCACCCAAAGCAUGGGCUGAGCGAAUUGGCAAGACGAUGAAGAGUCAUCAUGACCGUGCAAUCAGGAACAUGUUUUUGUUUGGCGCUUUGCCUGUUGUGGCUGGCUGUGCGGCUCUGGGUGCAUCUUGGGCAGGAUAUUUCUGA